AUGGAGGAGCUGGGAAUUUCCAAGGCAGCGUCAAAGGUCCUCAACUGGCGAAGACCCUGCAAGCUCGAGAUAGAACUUGCCGACCAUUACGUCGCCAAGAUCUACUCCUCUGGCUCGUACAAAAUACCCUUUGAAUUCACGUUACCCCAUCAAUUGGACUCAACGGCGUGCACGCACGAUACCGUAUCAACGACUGCCACAGAUAAGCACUUAUUGCCUCCUCCAACAGUAGGAAAAGACUGGGAUCGAGGCGACAUGAGUCCUGGGGUCGUCGAGGUUGAAUAUGGAAUCAAUGCCUGCGUCACAUCGACCCCAUCUCUGAAUACGGCUCACAGUCAAGACUCUACGACCAAGAGAACAAUACGGUUCAUUCCAAGACUAAGCGAGAGUCCGCCUCUACACGUGUCGCUGACGAACCCGCGAUACAAGCUGCGAGACACGAAAUCUCUUCGUAGCAACCCGCUCAAGCGUCCGUUUGGGACCAUCAGUGCUGCAGCGAUGCAACCUGAUCCACUUCAUCUUGGGGCGUAUGGCAUCGUGAUUAAACCUACGUUCAUUGAUGUCGCAUUGACAUUCAAUCCCGAAGUUCAAGGGAUCACGCCUCCGAAACUGGACAGCACAUCUCUUUCUCUCCAAUCUUACACAUGGCAUCAAGCCGAUCCAUACCGAGCAUUCCCUGACCAGGAUGAAAAGCCCAGCCUCCAGCUCCCAUUCACCGCGACAAUUGCAUUGGCCGUCGAUUGUCCGCAAAUAUCCUGGGCACGACAUGACAAUCUCAGGCUAGAAGACAAGAAUACGGGGAACUCGUCUGCGGAGUUUUACAGCUCUACGCUGCAGGUACCACUGUCUGUGUCGAUCGGUAACAAGACGAUUUUGCCCACAUUUCAUUCAUGCCUUAUCUCUAGGACUUAUGAUGUGCGCUUGCGGCUUGGGUUCAAGAAGGGGGAUUUGACAAUUGUGAUCCCUGCUUGUAGGGAAUGCACUGACCGACGCAUUCCGUGCCACAGCUACGGCCCCAAGCCUACGUGGAUGGACGGGUCAGAUGCCGAGCACCAAGAGCUUGAGCGAAUCAAAAGAGGUGUCAAACAGCACCUCAAGAAGCUUCGGAGGGGUCAGCGGAACCAGACCAUUGGGAGAGACGCGGCGGUCGGAUCUCUGCCAGAGGGACGGACCCGGGGCCAAACACUACCGGUUCCAGCUGUGAUCGAACCUUCAAGUCCGUCGCUAACAGAGCGAGUUUUACAUCAUGGCCAUGAUAGCUUUGAGUCCCCAGACGCCCUUGUCGACGCUCGGAGUAGCCUCUCACUCAUUCGAAGCUCAAUUCAGCACUCAGAGUCCGCACAUCCAGUCUCUCCAUCACAGGAUUACACUCCCCCUUGUAUCUUGCAACCCAGAUUGGCAUCUCUCAUAAUGUACUAUCUCGACCAUGUGUUUGUCUGGCAGUUCCCUUACUACCAGUUCCAGUCCCGCUUGGGUAACAGAGGCUGGCUUCUCGUAUUUCUCUACAACGGUGGCUCGCUGUCGCAUGCUGCGCUUGCACUCUCCACCUUGCAUCGAGAUGCAUCCCAAAAGAGGUGCUGUUACAACCAGCAAGCAUUUGAGUUCCACUCGAUGGCCUUGAGAGAGUUGCGUAAGCUGUCGCAACCCACCGAGACCGAGACGCUACUUAAUGAUCAGGCUAAACUUGCUGAGUUUAUAGCGGCGAGUUUGACACUGAUAAGCUUCGAGGUGUUCAAUGGAGCUGAGUACGAUUGGGUUCCGCAUCUCGACGCCGUCACGGCUGUCGUCGCUAUGCAAUCGCCAGACGUCCUACUCCAGACUUCAUCGUCAUCCGAGAAUGCUUUGCCUUCUCCAAUCACUUCUUUAGGCGGUGGUGAUACUCCGUUGCAAGCUGAUUUCAGUUUUCUCAUCGCUGAAGCAUUGUGGCAUGACAUCCUGGCUUGUGCAACGACAGGGCGUGUCCCACGGAUACCUUAUCGACAAUGGCUAGAGGGGCCAGAUCUCGCAAUGGAGGACUUGAUGGGCUGUUACAACUGGGUCAUGAUGGCUAUUGGAGAUUUGGCUCAUCUUCAAGCAUGGAAGAAGGACAUGAAGCAGAAAGGGGCUUUAAGCGUGCCGGAAUUAGUGAGAAGGGGCCAAAGAAUAGAGAAGAGACUACAAGACGGCAUCGCGGAACUGAAGCAAAGUACAAAUGGAGGAAAUAGUAACCGUGGUAAUAUUUUACCGGCUCCAUAUGUCUCACACAUUUUCGCCCUUGCAUCGCUAGUCUUGUCAAGUACAAUAGUCUCCGGGCCCUGGGCAUCUCUUCCCGAAGUCAAGGAUGCUAUUACAGAGUCGGUCAUUGUCCUGAAGGACUGGCCCCAAGCCGUUCCUCUCCGGGGCCUGGUCUGGCCACUCUACAUCAUUGGCUGCAUGGCCGGGCCCAGUCUACAUUGCUUUUUCGAGUCAGUUCUAUGUAGAAUCCGGGAAGAGAGUGGAGGGUUUGGAAACAGCGGUACUGUCAUCACGCUACUAAAGAGCCGUUGGGGGGCACUGCUAGAACGUAAUGGCGAUGGGCUGGGAUUGGUGUUUCAGACAGGAGUAACGUGCCAUGAUACACACCAGAUUGAGCAUCUGCUUGACGAGAGCUUUGGUGCUAAGAUGUGCUUUGCUGAAUCUGGACAGGACGCAUUGAUCAAGGUCCAUCUGUUCUGA